UACAGAUCGAUCCAUUUGUUUACGGAGGUCGUCUGCUAUUUCCUUACGUUCUACCAGUGUUUUGAGAUUGAGCAUUUUGCUCUAAAUCGUGUUUUUAUGUGACUUUAAAAAGAAACAGAGUUGCAAUGCCGGAGACCGAAGACAGCACUACGGAACUCGGAGAAAUAGAAAAUGUUAGGGUUGUGGUCCGUGUUCGACCUUUAAAUGGAAAGGAGUUGGACGGACAUUCGAAAAAUAUAGUACACGUAGAUACUAUAAAUAGUGAAAUAACUGUUGAAAAUCCAAAUGCUGCACAAGGAGAACCACCAAAAGUUUUUUCUUUCGAUGCUGUCUUUGAUACUGAUUCAACACAAGUUGAUAUUUACAAUGAAACAGCAAGACCUAUUGUGGAUAAAGUCCUGCAAGGAUACAAUGGAACUAUAUUUGCAUAUGGACAAACUGGCACUGGAAAAACAUAUACCAUGUCAGGUGCAAAAACAUCACCUCAGCUUAGAGGUAUUAUUCCUAAUAGCUUUGCACAUGUUUUUGGACAUAUAGCUAAAGCUCAUGACAACCAAAAAUUCCUUGUACGUGCAACAUAUUUAGAAAUUUACAAUGAGGAAGUUAGAGAUCUACUAGGUAAAGAUCAAAAUUCAAGACUAGAAGUAAAAGAAAGACCUGACAUUGGAGUAUUUGUAAAGGAUCUUAGUGGAUAUGUUGUAAACAAUGCUGAUGAUUUAGAUCGGAUAAUGUCACUUGGCAAUAAAAACCGUGUUGUUGGGGCUACAGCAAUGAAUGUAUCGAGUUCGAGGUCUCACGCAAUAUUCACGAUCACAGUUGAAUCUAGUCAACUUGGAGAAGAUGGCGAACAACAUGUUAAAAUGGGCAAACUUCAUUUAGUUGAUUUGGCUGGUUCAGAAAGACAAAGCAAAACUAAAGCUUCCGGAGUUCGUUUAAGAGAAGCAACAAAAAUUAACUUGUCACUUUCAACGUUAGGUAAUGUAAUAUCUGCAUUGGUUGAUGGUCAAAGUUCACAUGUGCCUUACAGAAAUUCUAAACUCACAAGAUUACUUCAAGACUCUUUGGGUGGUAACUCAAAAACGUUAAUGUGUGCGAAUGUAAGUCCAGCCGAUAUAAACUAUGACGAAACCAUUAGCACGCUUCGGUAUGCAAACCGCGCUAAAAACAUUAAAAAUAGGGCGAGAAUUAACGAAGAUCCAAAGGAUGCUUUACUUCGUCAGUUUCAAGUAGAAAUUGAACAGUUGCGCAAACAGUUAGAGGAAAAUGGCGCUGAAAUCUCAGAAUCUGAAGAUGACACAGAAGAUUCCGAAGAUACGGGGGAAACUAAGCAUGAGAAAAAAGCAAAACGUAGAAGAAGUCAAAUAUUAACAAUGGAAGAACUAGAAGACCGAGAUGUUGAUUCCACUGAGAAGAUUGAUAAAGCUGAGAGAGAGGAUAAAAGUCCUGAUGAUAAAGAUGUCAUAGAACUAAAAAGAACACAGAGUGAAAAGGAAGCAUUACGAGAAAAAAUGCAAAACUUACAAAAUAAAAUAUUAGUUGGAGGCGAAAAUUUAUUGGAAAAGGCUGAAGCUCAAGAACAUUUAUUAGCUGCGGCAGCGAUUGAACUCGAUCAACGUAAAAGCAGGGAAGAACAACUGAAAAAAGCUAUUGAAGCAAAAGAAGCUGAACGUAUUGAUAUUGAAGAAAAGUAUUCUUCUUUACAAGAAGAAGCUGCAGGAAAAACGAAAAAAUUAGCCAGAGUCCAUACAAUGUUAAUGUCCGUUAAAGCAGAAUUAUCCGAUUUACAGCAAGAACAUCAAAGAGAAAUGGAAGGACUUCUAGAAGGAGUCAGAGGUAUUGGAAGAGAAUUACAACUCCAAGAGUUAAUAGUGAACAGUUACAUCCCUGUUCAAUAUCAAACGAUGAUUGAACGAUAUGUUCAUUGGAAUGAAGAUAUUGGGGAAUGGCAAUUGAAAUGUGUAGCAUACACGGGCAAUAAUAUGCGGAAAGCACAAGCGACACCACCAAUAGGAACCAACAAAGAUCAAACUCAACCUGAUAUGUCAAAUAUAUAUCUUUCCUAUAAUACUGGAAUCGAUAAUACUUUUGUGCAACCAAAGAAAAUAAGAGGUCGAUCUGGAGUACCGAGGCCAACAACGGCACAUAGACGUACUCCACACUAAAAAUAUAUUUAAACGAUAAAAUGAUAGAUAUAUUUAUUUUUCACUAAGUACUUUUUUUAGAAUUUUUGUCGAGCUAUUUUAAGUUAUUUUUGUUUAUAUAAUUUAUAUGACAAACUUUGCAUUUCAUAUGAUUCCAUAUUUAUUCUUACUUUUAGUCGAUACGUUCAUCGUAUUCUGAACAUUAUAUGAAGGCAAAAAACACAUAACACAGUAGAAAAAUAUCAUAUCUGAAAGACCUCUUCAUAACUGGCAUUAAAAUCAUGUUAUAUUAAUUGUAAUAUGGUAAAAAUUAUAACUAAACUCGAUGGAGUUUUAAUUUAUUCGAAUCGGGUAAUUUUCUUAUAACUUAUAAAAGUUAUAGCAAUUAAAGUGAAUUAUCAUAAUGGUAAGAUUUUACGUUUCAUAUAUUUCCAUUUCUCUGUGUUGUCUGUUAAAUAUUAGAUGUCGAUACUGAAAUCAAUAAUAAAUAUAAAUUCAUAGAAAUUACAUUUUCAUAUUUAACGGCAUGCGAUAGAAAUCAUUACUAAAUAGAAGAUUGAUAUGAAGACUUUAGAGAGGGAAAUAUGUGCUGUACCUGUGUGAUAAGAAAUAAAACGUUUUGCUCUAUAUAGGGAUGUUAAUUAUACGUAACUGGAAAGACAGGAAAUUGAAUCUUUACCACAUAAUAGUUAACAAACUUGUGUCAUUUUACAUUGCCAUUUGUGUAUACUUUGAUAUCAAUUAGAUUUUUUAGCGUGACGAUAAUACUGUAGCAUUUCUAUAGGACUUCAUAGUCAAAGUGAUUUUAGAAUAUUAUUUACAUUUUAGUAAUCGAUGCCUCGUGCAAUUGCUACAUGAAGUUAUCUAAACUAUACACAAACUUUACGGACGUAAUAUUAUUGUAUCCAAUGUUUCAAAUGUAUAUUUCAAUUUCUCAAAUUUUUUUAUAGUUUUAUCUGCCUGUAUUUCAAAUUGUAUUACAGCACGUGUAUUCUUUAAUUACUGUGAUAAUAAACUGCUUGUAUUAUUUUCAA